UGAAAUAAAAGCCCAGUUUGAAAAUUGGUUGAUUUCAUCUGACACUGCCUAAUCUGUACUGUGAAGGCCCUGGAAUUUCUCACAGUUUCAACGGUGUAGAUCACACCACAAAUACUAAGAGAAUCAAAGUACUAAAAACAGAGCCGGAGAGUUCUCUGAAAUUCUGAAUCAAUCAUGGCGUCUCUUUCGAUUUUGGUAACGACGGCGUUGAUGAUUCUAGGGUUAAUUACAGCUAGCGACACGAACCAUGUCUUCUCUCCGUGCACGGACACUAAGGUUCAGAUCUCCGACGGUUUCACCUUUGGAAUCGCUUUUGCGUCGUCGAACUCCUUUGGCACUGCAAACAAAUCUCAGUUGUCUCCUUGCGACCGAAGACUCAGCCUCUCUUCCAACAAUGCUCAGAUCGCCGUCUUCAGGCCCAAGGUCGACGAGAUCUCUCUCCUUACCAUCAACGCUGCUUCCUUUUCUCCGGAUAACUAUGGUGGCUACAUGGUUGCGUUUGCUGGUCGAAAAUAUGCUGCAAGGUCCCCCCCGGCUUUUGUCGCGAACGGUACCUAUACUGUGACCAGCUUUACUCUUGUGCUUGAGUUUACGAAGGGCAGGCUUCAAAACUUGUAUUGGAAAAGAGACGGUUGUUCCAAAUGCUCAGGGAAUUCCAACUUUGUCUGCCUCAAUAAGCAGGAUUGUGCUAUUAAAACAAACAGCUGUAAAAACCAUCAAGGCACUGUAGAUUGUAGUCUUGGAAUACAAUUGGCAUUCUCCGGCACAGAUAAGCACCUUUCUACUCUUAAUUCUUGGUAUGAAGUUGAGAACCUUCGCCAGUAUUCACUCUAUGGUCUAUACUCAAAUCUCAAGGAUUCUCUCACUGGUCAAUACAACAAGAUAUUCUAAUUGUGCUUCUGUAGCCUGUAGAUGUAUUUUCCUUUUCCAUUUUUUUUCCUUUUUGACCAGCAUGUUGUAAUUCUUUGUCAUAUUUAGGUCUUUCUCCUUCUUUGAUUACAUUCUAUUUUCAGCUUUUCUUCAUUUUCACCAUGUGGGCAUUCUAACCAGGAAAACUCUUCAACACUUGUGGUGUGUAAAAUUUAUAUGAAACAAGUACUCUGUGCUUACAGAUUGAGAAUUCUUGUGCUUAUUUUAUUGGCUGUGUCGUUUGUAAUUUUCUUUUUAUACUUUAAACGAUUCUUUUAUUUGAACUUAGUCUGAUUGAUGAA